GAAACAGAGUGAGAUAGAGUCAGAGGGCGGCAGAGAAAGAGAUAGGAUAGAGAGACAAGAACGUAGACGAGAGAGAGAGAAAGAGAGAGAGAGAGAGGGGAGAGAGGAGGGAAACUGGCAAGGGAGAAAGGAAAGUUAGGGAAAGGGAAAAAGUUGGAGAAAGGAUAAGGAUAGGACAGACGGAAAGAGGAAUAGCAGAUAGAGAAACAGAAAAGGGAAAGAGGGAGAUAAAGAGAAAAGUGGUGUCCUCGUGCAGAGAGAAUGACAGGGACAUUGAGAGGUGUGUGUCUGCUGCUAUGGAUACUGACCCUGGGGGAGUGUAAGCUUCCAGAACAAGUGACGUGUGUGUUCUCCAGGGACUGCAUGCUGCCUUGCACGUUCACACCCACCGCUACUAUGAGUGUGCUCAUCCACUGGUACAGACAGGAUGUGCUCCUAGACAGCUUCCUGUCCGCAGAGGACCAAUCAGAAGAAAGCAGCAGCAGCAGCAAGGUGUCGAUGUUCAAGGAGCAGGUUUCCCAGGGAAACGCCUCUCUCCUCCUGCGGCACAGCACUCCAGCCGACAGGGGGCGCUACACGUGUCGAGUCAACACCACAGAAGCAGAGCAGGAGGACUCCAUAGUCAUCGUAAAAGUGGAGGCACCCAUCAGCUCCAUCAGCAUCGGGCUGACCCCAGACAGGAGCGUCCAGUGCCUGACCAGAGGCGUGUACCCGGCCCCCUCGUUGCAGUGGGAGACGGACCCCCCCUCGCCCCCCUCCCAGCUCCGCAGCUCCAACCGUGUGACCCCUGACCCCCAGGGUCUGUAUGACGCGGAGGGCACGCUGAUGACCUUGAGCCGCCCCCCCGCACGGGUCACCUACGUCUGCAGCGUCCGCACCAAAUACACACAGCAACUGUGGAGGGCUACGUUAGUGGAGGGAGCGGACAUUACGGGUGUGUCCGGCAGAAGUCUUCUGGUCCCCUGCAUCACCCCAAAGCCGCCACCAGAGGGCUUCACUCUCUCCUGGACCUUCAGCCAAGAUGGCCGCAACCCCGCCAUCACCCUCCUCACGUACGACAGCCGCACUCAGCAGACCAGCAGCAGCACCUGGCAGGGCCGAGUGGAGCUGGACCAGGAGCAAGUGCUGCUGGGAAAUGGAUCUCUCCGCCUGCUGAGCCCCGAGAGUGGGGAGAACACCGGCAGCUACGCCUGCAACUUUGCCGCCCUCCAGACCAGACACGUGGUCCAGACCUGGGUCAACGUCACGGGACCACAGACGGCCCGUAGAACUGGUGAGAAUAAGGAGACAGAGUUGUGGGUCGUGGCUGUGGUGGUGAUUGUGCUGGGCCUUCUGAUCAUCGCCGUGUUCAUCUGCAAGAGGAGGAGAGCUCGCUCACAGCAGAAGGACAUUGUGAUCGAGGACACAGAGAUGCAGCCUAUGCAACCAGAUGCGGAGGUGACGUGCCUGUUCCAGGAGGACUGCAUGCUGCCGUGCCGCUUCCUGCGUGGUGGGAUGGUGAUCCACUGGUACAAGCAGCAGAUCCCCGUGCACAGCUACUACUACCAGAAGGACCAGCUCCGGCUGCAGAACAAGCACUUCAGCGGACGCACGCACCUCUUCAACGCGCUGGUCUCCCACGGCAACGCCUCGCUCCUGCUCAGACGGGUCAAGGUGCAGGACCAAGGGCGCUACAAAUGCUUCACCAGCACUCGUAAGGACAGCCAGGAGACAUUCAUCAACCUGCAUGUGAAAGCUCCGAUCCCAUUGGUGCGCAUGGAGAUGACCAACGAGUCUGUCACCUGCAUGUCCCAGAACAUCUACCCUGCCCCUGAAGUGUUGUGGUCCACGGACCCGCCCGUGGCUCCGUGUGCCUUGGUGAACUCCACGCGCAAGACCCCCGACUCCCGCGGCCUGUUCAGCAUCGAGAGCAGAGUGGGGAUCGUGGGUAACGUCUCGGACUUCACCUACUUUUGUUCCGUCCGUUCCGCAGAUGGAUCCCAAGAGUGGACAGCCUCACGGAGACAGCAAGAUGACUUGUUUGGCGAGUCUGGCAGAAGUCUUCUGAUCCCCUGCAUCACCCGACAGCCAAAUCAGAAUUUCACGCUGUCCUGGAGCUUCAAUCGGGGCCGCAACCCCGUCACCCUCCUCACGUACGACAGCCGCACUCAGCAGACCAGCAGCAGCACCUGGCAGGGCCGAGUGGAGCUGGACCAGGAGCAAGUGCUGCUGGGAAAUGGAUCUCUCCGCCUGCUGAGCCCCGAGAGUGGGGAGAACACCGGCAGCUACACCUGCACCCUCUCUGCCUUCCAGACAAAACACGUGGUGCAGGUCUGGGUCAACGUCACAGAUAGAAGUGCAGGUGGUGCUCAUGGACAUGUAAAUGGAGGCAAGGUCGUGAAGCUCUGCAUGUCCCAAAUAGAGUCCGCCAUGCCAGGACAUGUUAUGGUGAUACACUGCGAACCGGAGAGGCCCCCAAAAGAUCAGACGCAAGGCCUGGGCUCCGCCAACUCAGACUCGUACUUCCUAAAGCUGGCUCUUUUCCCCUCCUCACACAAAGACUUGAGCUCCAGCAUUGCUCCAAACAAGCUGGAGGGCGACGAGAACGUCUUCAUAGUGCCUGAGCAAUUUCAAAUUCAUGGGCUCAGGUGA